AAGUGCAAAACAGUGUUAAAGAAAAGGGAAAAAAAACUCACCUAAAAUUCAACCGAAGCACUAAAAAAAAGAAAAAAUCUCAUAUUAAUCAUCUCUUUGUUUUCUUGGUUCCAUGUACACAAACCUCAAGCUUUGUUUUUGCUGAUUUUGGGAAUUUGACUUUGGUUUUCCUUUUCUUGAGGAUUUGGACUUCAAGAAAAUAUGGCAAAGGAUAGGCAUAUAGGUGUGGCCUUGGAUUUUUCCAAGGGAAGCAGAUUAGCUCUCAAAUGGGCCAUUGACAAUCUGCUAGACGAAGGUGACACCCUCUAUGUCCUUCACGUCAAGCCCUCACAAGGGGAAGAGUCUUGCAACCUUCUUUGGUCCACUACUGGUUCACCUCUGAUUCCACUGGUGGAGUUUCGUGAUCAGGAGGUGGCAAAAAAAUAUGAGGUUAAACUUGAUCCAGAGGUUUUGGAUAUGUUAGACACCGUCUCUAGGCAGAAACAGGUGAUUGUAGUGGCAAGAAUUUACUGGGGAGAUGCAAGAGACAGAUUAUGUGAGUCCGUAGAGGAUCUGAAGCUUGACUGUCUGGUCAUGGGUAGCAGAGGCCUUGGUUCCAUACAAAGGGCGCUGCUUGGGAGUGUGACCAACUAUGUGAUGACAAAUGCAACUUGCCCUGUGACUGUCGUCAAGGAUCCAAGUGCUCAUGGGUUCUGAUCAAAAUCUGAAUUUGAUCUUGCAGCGAUGAUUUGUGCUUUCCCUUUCUUUGGCUUGUACCUGCUUGUAUUGAAAUGUGAGUGGUUCUGAGUUUCUACCUCUUCACGGGCUAUCUUCAUAUUAUAUAACCUUAUAGUUGUUAUACAAUAUGGUUGGAGACUGUUGUGGCUUUUACCAAGGUUUCAUGUCUUUGAAGCUUGCUCAAUAUAGUUUGCUUUCAACUGUUUUGAACUCUACUUGCGCUAAUAAAUUUUGGGAGCAUGAAGUAGCAGUAAAGUUCUGUAUCAGCUUUGACAGUUCAUCUUUAUAGUGAAAUCUAUUACAACUAA